GUCCAGGUUCAAAGGUCAAAAAUAGAGAAGCUGGGGCUUCUUAGAAUGAGUGAUAGAGUCAACAACGGCCGUUUUUCGGUGCUGCCGGACGAGCUGUGUCUCCGUAUUCUGCACUGUUUGCCGGCCAGCGACGUGGUCAAGGGCAUGCGAGUUUGCCGUCGCUGGCACGCGCUCUGCAACGACGCCUCUCUCUGGACACAGGUCGAGAUCUCCUGCAGGUUUGUCAACAGUGUCUUCCUCGACAAGCUGGUCACUGCACGACCUCGUCUUCGCUCCCUCAUGUUCCUCAGCGACGCCACCGACAAGGUGUCCGGCUGGGAAAACCUCGGAGACUCGUGGCUCAAGCUGCGCAACAUCGAGAGCAUCACGUUCGUGUCUUGUCCGUCGGUCGUUCUGGACUCCCUCCCGAGUAUCGUGACCUGCUGCCCGCAGCUAAAGUGUGUCCGCUGCGAGUGUUCACCGUCUUUCACCAGCGAACAUUUCAUGGGGCUCAUGACGCCAGAGCACUCCUACUCGGAGCUGAGUCUAGCACACUGCGACAGGAUCGAUGAUGCGACCGUCUAUUUCGCCUUUCAGGCCUUCAACGUGUCAACUCGUCUCAGAGCACUUCAGACCCUAAACCUGGAUGGUCUAAAUUCCCUGACUGAUAUCGGUACGCUCGCCAUCCUAGAGACCUGCCCCCUCCUAAGAUCACUCGACCUUGACGGGGAAAUGCUCACUGACAAAACUGCCGUCUUCAUCGGACAAACACUGACCCAGCUAAAACACCUCGGAAUAUCAUUCUGCAGUAAUCUCACAGACUCUGCUCUCCAGGCAUUUUCGGCGCUACAUCGCCUCUCGUCACUUCGUCUCACAAAAGGGACUAGUUUCACAAGUCGCGGUCUCGAGCAACUUUUCGCAAGGCCCCAUCACACGUCGUCAUCGCACGCAAACUCAUCCGACAGAAUCUACGAAAUGAGCAAAAUAACGCACAGACAAAGUGGAAAAACUCACGAAUAUUGCAAUAGCGGCCGUGAGAAUGGCUGCACCUCUACCACUGAAGUGAUAGGUGAUAAGAACUACUUUCUACACACGCUCGACUUGAGCGAGUGUGAUGAGCUUUCCGACUCAAAUGUCGAACUCAUUGCCGGGAAACUGCCAAACCUUAGGCGACUGGGGAUUGCGUGGUGUUACAAGAUCACCGACACCGGACUGGACUCCCUGACAAAGAGAUGCCAACAUCUGUCGUCUCUGAAACUAAUAGGGUUAAAGUACGCCCACUGCGAACCCCUGUUUGGGGCUCCGUUGGUUAAACUGGUUAGUCUCGAUCUGUCCCAGACUGACCUGGUCGACGACGCCAAACUCCUCCAGCUGAAGAGGGGAAGACCCUGGCUAAAGAUUAUUAAUUACUACGGGCAGGAAGUUGUUGGAGAUGAUUAGCAGAUAGAAAGGAAGCUGAAAGGAUCAUAGAAAAGAUCGUAUAUAGAAAGAAGAAGUCUGAAUUGAUCUGCUUCUUUUGUCUAUUAUUAUUUUGUUCUUCUAGAGAGCAAAUGCAACCUUCAAUGUUCUUCGAAGUUUUUACUUUAAAAUUUUUCAAGAUGUCAAAUAUG